AUGAAGAUACAGCCUGUUGCGGCCGGCAUCCUUCCUGUUGAUCUCAUCGACGCCAUUCGCGGCGGUGCCGUGACGCUCAGCCAAAAAGGCGACAGCACCAUUCUUUUCCACGACGCGGCCGCUGGUGUGGAGUGGAGCUUCGACCUCACGCCGGCGGAGGAAGAAUGUACUUUCCGACACCAGCUGAGCGGGGCGGGCGGAAGCGCGCAGAUCCCGCGCUUUGCUGCUGUAAAGAAGAUGUUGCUAGAGCACGAAGAUGAGGUGCCAUGCACACUCACCGCGGAGCGUCCCGACACUCCACCGCUUCGUCCGAGCGUUACUGCGGCGCCGGUGACGCUUGCGGAUGUCUUGCAGCAGCAUCAUGCCCUCGCGGUGAAGGUGGCGCACACUUUGGCGCCGGCGCCGCGGGACCACCGCGAGUUUCUCAGCGCCGUUGCGCCAGUGGACAGUGAUGCGCUGGACGCCGUGCUGCAGGUGUUAACACGGCUGAAUCGCCGCGGGCAGCGGGAGCUCGAGGCAGCCGGGUACGAACUUGUCGACAUUGAGCGCUACGGAUCCAAGGCGGUCAAGCAGCAGGUGGCGAAUCUCGCCCUCCCGAAGGUCGCGCAUGACAAGGCGGUGUUGGACCGCUUCGCCCUGUACGCGGACCGCGACGUGAUGUUGGCGGUGUGCUCGAAGGGCAUCAUGCAUGGGCUUGGAACCGCCAAGCGGCAGCGACACAAUGACACUGACGACGACGAUGACGAUGAUGAUGAUAACAACGCGGAUGAGGGCGAGGAAGGAGUGGCGAGGCGAAAGGCGGUGGCGGCGACGCAGGCAACAAAAACAGAAAAGGCGUCGCCGGUGCUUCUCACUUCCAUGGAGCAGAGUGGAAUUCGGUGGGGCGAUGGGGACCUCACAAGGGAGCCGUGGGUCAUGCCGUCGGCAGUGAAGGAAGCGUUAGUGCAGCGGCAGCAGGCGGAAGCGGCGGCGAGGUCACGUGUGAACCAUCCGCUGGCGUCCAUGCCGAUUGUGGACGCAACACAGCUGACUGCUGCACGCGGCCAUUACGUUAUUCUUCAGAAAGAGUAUCAGAUUGUGUACGACCUUUUAAGGCGCCUGGAGGACGUGAGCGUGGCGGCAAGGGGAUGGUGCGAAACGAACAAUGGACGCCUCUCCCAGAAGCUGCGCAAAGAGCUGGAGUGUUGGUUUGAAAAACAGGAGGGGCCCCGUGCGACCCUCACCACAUCGCUGGAUAUUCUGCAUAAGGCGCUCUACCAGCUGAAGCGGGAAAUUGAAGAUUAUGUCAACCUCCGCGAGUGGGGGGUCGUGCCGUCUUGA